GUGGCACUCACUAUUCCCGGUGUCAGUCACCUGUUAGCCAGCAAGCCAAUCGUAUCGCCAAAGAAAACGUUCCCAGCCCGUGAUCCUCAUUAUCGAACCCCUUUUGUUAUUGUUAUUGACAUUGGCAAGCUGUUUGCACAUUUACGCGAAACGCGUUUGCCCGAUAUUCUAAUCGAAUCGCGAAUCGAGAUCUCAAAGAUUUGAUUAACAAGCCAUGCAAGGCGCCUUCAUGGAGUACUACCUAAAAAUACUCCUGUUCAUUUGCGCUGCUCAGCAAAUUGCCGGUGGAACGCUCAAAACCACCCGCGAUGCGGCCUACAAAAAAUACCUGUCCCUAAGAUCUCUGCCCUUCGAAGACUGCGGUUCUUUGUACCAGGUCAGCUACCUGGACAUCGAGAGCUGUACGUCGCUGCCUUGCUCCAUGGCCCGCAACGCCACCAUUAAGGUUACUGUGCGCUUCGAUGAUAAUGGCAAUGGCGUUAGCUUUCUUAAACAUGAGGUCCGAUGGGUGUUCAACUACAUCAAGACCCAGGCGGCCAUAACUCCCGAUCCUUGUGAUGGGGAUCAUGGUUGCAUAGAAAGUGCGAGCGAUGGCAAGGCGUACUGGGCCAAUGUCUUUGUAAAUGAAACUCUUCCGGUGAUGAAAGGCAGCAUGCUGUGGGAAUCCAAGGAUGCAAGCGAUCAGAACCUAAUCUGCUUCCAGGUUCCCGUUGUAAUCACAGUGUAAAUGUGUAAUCACGAAAAUAAAGUAAUUGGUGCAUGCAAAUCAA